GAGCAUUUUGUCUAUCCAGAAGAUAAAUCCCAUCCAAAGUUUUCUGAAGUUGCAGAUCUGGAAUUGCUUAUGUUCCCCGGAGAACGACAAACUGGCAAAUCUCCUAUUAAAACUCGGCUUGGUGAAGUAGUUUCAAAGGUUAGCUCGAAUCAACUUUUGGACUUGAUUUUUCUUCCCCUAACCUUUUCACUUUGAGUCUCACAGUUUCGAUGCUUAUUUUUAGGGAAUUGUUACUCAUGAGACUCUCGGGUACUUCAUAGGGAGAACAUUUUUGUUUUUAACUCGCCUCGGCAUAGACAAGGAUCACUUGCAGUUUAGGCAGCAUCUUGGGAACGAAAUAGGACACUGUGCAGCAUAUUGUUGGGUUGCUAAAAUUGAGUGUUCCUAUGGUUGGAUGGAGUGUGUUGAUAUUGCAGAUAGGUCAGCAUAUGAUUUACGGAAAUUUACGGAGAAAAGUGGAGCUGCUCUUAGUUGCCCAUGAAAAAUUUGCUGAACGCAGGGAAGUGGAGAAACUUGUAAUUGCUCCAAACGAGAAGGAACUAGGUCUUGCCUUCAACGAAAAUCAGAUGAUGGUGACUGAAUCUCUUUCGGUAUAUGCUCGAGGUUCCUCGGUUUUUGCUCUUUUGCUAAGUAUGUUCGGAAUCUGUUCCUUUACUUUAUGCUUGCAUUUGUCUUGUUAAAACCAGUUAAUGGAUGAAGAGGAAGCUUUGCAGUUGAAGGUUGCUUUAGAAUCCAAAGGGAAGGCUGGAUUUCUCGUGCUCAAAGUGGGGAGGAUGAUAAAAAUCACGGAUAACAUGGUCAAAAUUUCUAAGCAGAAGAUAAGGGAACAUGAGAGGGUUUUUACACCAUCUGUUAUCGAACCGUCUUUUGGCAUUGAACGCAUAAUAUACUGCCUUUUUGAGCAUUCUUUCUAUACAAGGCUCAGCAAAGCGGGGAUGGACAACUGAAUGUGUUCCACUUCCCUCUACAUGUUGCACCUAUCAAAUGUACAGUUUUCCCAUUGAUAAAGAAGCCUAAGUAUGAGUCAGUUG